AUGGCAAGCACUUAACCACUACGCCUACCGCGACGCGGUGUUCCUCGCUGAAAGGCUAUAUGCAGAAGGCUUGCAGAAGGAGAGCAGAUCUUAUCUGGUGGAGUGUUGAAUAAACAGAAAAGCCAUGAUGACAUUGUUAUGGAGUUUGGUGACUCUGCAUGCUUUACACUCUCCUUACUGGGACAUGUCUACUGCAAGACAGACCGGCUUGCCAAAGGAUCUGAAUGUUACCAAAAGAGCCUUAGUUUAAAUCCUUUCCUCUGGUCCCCCUUUGAAUCACUAUGUGAAAUAGGUGAGAAGCCAGACCCUGACCAAACAUUUAAACUAACAUCCCUACAGAACUUCAGCAGCUGUCUGCCCAACACUUGCACAACGUUGGUGUCUAACCACAACAUAUCCCACAGACAGCCUGAGACUGUCCUCACAGAAACACCACAGGACACAAUUGAGCUGAACAGAAUCAACCUAGAAUCCUCCAAUUCAAAAUAUUCCUCCUUGAACUCGGAUUCUUCCAUGUCUUACAUUGACUCAGCUGUGAUUUCACCAGACGCUGUCCCUCUGGGGUCAGGAACUGCCAUACUGUCCAAACAGGCUCAAAAUAAACCAAAAACUGGAAGGAGUUUACUGGGAGGACCUGCAGCUUUGACCCCACUAACUCCAAGCUUUGGAAUUUUGCCACUAGAAACCCCAAGCCCUGGAGAUGGAUCCUAUUUACAGAACUACACCAACUCCUCCGCUGUCAUCGAUGUGCCAUCCACCGGAGCACCUUCAAAGAAGACUGUGAGCAGGAUAAGCCAAGCUGGGACAAAGUCUGUCUUCUCCCAGAGUGGGAACAGCCGGGAAGUCACUCCAAUUCUUGUUGCACAAACACAGAGCUCUGGUCCACAGACAAGUACAACACCUCAGGUAUUGAGCCCAACAAUUGCUGCUCCACCCAACGCACUGCCUCGACGAAGCUCUCGCCUGUUUACUAGUGAUAGCUCCACAACAAAGGAAAAUAGCAAAAAAUUAAAAAUGAAGUUUCCACCGAAGAUUCCAAACAGGAAAACAAAAAGCAAAACGAAUAAGGGAGGAAUAACUCAACCAAACUUAAAUGACAGUUUGGAAAUUACCAAGCUGGACUCAUCCAUCAUUUCAGAAGGGAAGAUUUCCACUGUUGCACCACAAAUCCAAGCAUUCACCCUACAGAAGGCAGCAGCAGAAGGUUUGAUGAGCCUUCUUCGGGACAUGGGAAAAGGUUACUUGGCCUUGUGUUCCUACAACUGCAAAGAAGCAAUCCACAUUUUGAGCCAUUUACCAUCUCACCACUACAACACGGGCUGGGUGCUGUGCCAGAUAGGGAGAGCUUACUUUGAACUGGCAGAGUACAUGCAGGCUGAGAGGAUAUUUUCAGAAGUAAGGAGGAUUGAGAACUACAGAGUGGAAGGCAUGGAGAUCUAUUCAACCACACUGUGGCACCUGCAGAAAGAUGUUGCCCUUUCAGUUCUUUCCAAGGAUUUGACAGACAUGGAUAAAAACUCACCAGAGGCCUGGUGUGCAGCAGGGAACUGUUUCAGCUUGCAGAGAGAGCAUGAUAUUGCCAUCAAGUUCUUCCAGAGAGCCAUUCAAGUGGAUCCAAACUAUGCCUAUGCCUACACCCUGCUGGGCCACGAAUUUGUCUUGACAGAAGAACUAGACAAAGCCUUGGCUUGUUUUAGAAAUGCUAUCAGAGUCAACCCUCGACACUAUAAUGCUUGGUAUGGACUGGGAAUGAUUUAUUACAAGCAGGAGAAGUUCAGCCUAGCAGAAAUGCAUUUCCAGAAAGCACUUGAUAUCAACCCUCAGAGCUCAGUCUUACUGUGUCACAUCGGAGUGGUCCAGCACGCACUGAAAAAAUCUGAAAAGGCUUUGGACACUCUAAACAAAGCAAUUAACAUCGACCCCAAGAACCCACUAUGCAAAUUCCACAGAGCCUCGGUGUUAUUUGCAAAUGAAAAGUACAAGUCUGCUUUACAAGAACUUGAAGAACUGAAACAGAUUGUUCCCAAAGAGUCUCUUGUUUACUUUUUAAUAGGAAAGGUGUAUAAAAAACUGGGUCAAACACAUUUGGCCCUGAUGAAUUUCUCCUGGGCAAUGGACUUGGAUCCCAAAGGAGCCAACAACCAGAUCAAAGAGGCCAUUGACAAACGUUACCUUCCUGACGAUGAGGAGCCCAUCACUCGAGAGGAGCAGAUCAUUGGCACAGAUGAGUCCCAGGAGAGCAGCAUGACGGAUGCAGACGACACACAGCUCCAUGCAGUUGAAAGUGAUGAAUUUUAA